AUGAAAACAGAAACAUUUGCUAUAGAAAUAAGUAUAGAACAAUCAUCAAAAAAAGUUGAAUCAACUAUGAUGGAAUUUACUUUAAUGCAUGCAAAUGAUCGAACUGAUGACUACAAGAACAUAACCAGCACUGAAUUAACCUCGAUGGAAGUUACCCAUACACAGACAAAUAAACCAGAAGAUGUAAAUGAUCCUGAAAUAGAAAUUGAAUAUUUAAACACGAAACGCAAAAGAAAUUUUAUAGAAAAAGAUAGUGUUAUACAACCACAAGGAAGACUUCCUGUUAUGAAUAUGAAUAAGAAAGCAGAAAGUAGCAAUACUUAUAAUACUGGUAAAGCAAAAUUAGCUGAACACGAAAUUUCAGAAUUGCAGGAAUUUGAUACCAACAACACCGUACCUGUUUCACAGCUACCAAUAUCUAUUAAUACUAAGCCCAGAAAAAAAAAAGCCAAGGAGAGAACUAAGCCACAAGCAGACAACUUUACAUAG